CCCACAAUGUGUCAAUGGAAUCUUUAAAAAAACGAAUUUUAAAAAGAAUUGACUGCUGUAUUAAAGUGAAAUGUUUUGUUGGCCUGCGGUAAGGUAAAGAGAAGUCACUGAUUAUGUUUGUGCCCAAGAUAAACCGAGCCAACCUUAUCAGUGUGUGCAGUGACGGCGACACAAGACGUGGAGAGCUUUGGUAGAAUGGCAUCAAGGCUUUUCGUGUUGAGCUUUGUCUGUCUCUUCGUUCAAGUCUGUUUCACAGGUAAGGCGAUGUUGCUGUUUUGUUGUUUUUGUUUUUUGUUUGUUUUGUGUAUGUGUGGGAGGUGGGUAUUUUGUUUCUUAGUUGUCUAAGGUUGACCCAACCACAAAGCGUGGUUUACAGGUGUCACCGUGGCGGUGCUCAUCUACUUUUUUAGGCGUACACGUACACAGAAUCUCGUUCGUCAUUAAGCUAACUAUUACAGAGAUGUGUCGGAUUUGACAAUAUUAUUGUUUCAUUAAUAUUGUUAUUGCUAAAAUUAUUCAUAAAUGAUCAUUAUUAGUAGAAUUUAAUUGAUUGGAAAUAUUAAUAUUAUUUAAUUUAAAAAACCAAUACUCAUCAGGUAAUGUUUCUUUUAUGAGACCGCAACGAGUCAACUAGGUAUAAAUUGAAAAAAAGAAGAUUUUUUAAAAAGAUGCCUCGGUUGAUCAUUUUGAACAAAAUAAAACUUACAUUUUUACAAAUCAAUAUAAUUAAUAAAAGCAAAAUAAUUGUUUUACUUAAGACCGGACUUUGCUGAACCUUAAGCGUGAUGGACCUGCAGACAUGCCUCCACAUUGAAAAGUUUACAAUAUUUCAUGAAGUCACACGUGAAACAAAAAAAAUGAAGAAAAAAAAAGAUAUAAAUGGGUCUUGUUUAAUUGUUAGCGAUUGAUUUUUGUAUCCGCAAUGAUGUCCCUUGAUAAUUCCCGAAUAAUGUUCUAAAAGAAUGUGUGAUGUAUGAUCUUGGUGGAGUCGCUCAUUACGUAACAAUAUCAGUCUUCCUCUGACGGAUUUCCUGUGACAAUUUUUUUUUUCCCCAGCAUCCAUUAAAGUGGUUCUGCAAGCCACACCAUCCACCAUCCAUCCGCUCCUCACGCGGUCAUUACGCCUACGAUGCUCACUGCAACGUCAGCAGCCGCUGCAGGACAAUACAACAAAUUCAAGCUUAUCGGAUGUAGACCAAGCAGACGGUACCACGUCACAUGAUGACCUAACCCACGUGAUGUCCAUCGUCAUCACAAAAGAAAACGUGUCUCAUGAGCAGGGCGAGGAGGUGGCAAGUGUCUCUACCUUUGACGGACCUAUUGCCGAACCUCCUUACUCGGGUUCGGUUCGUGUUGAAGGCAGCACAAACAACUCCGCCAUGUCUGGAGAGCAGGGUUAUCUCGAAAUCACGUGGACAACCCCACCUGACACAGUUUCCGGUCUGUACUCAUGCCAGGCGUUUGGCCUCAAUGCACACAACCAGCCCGUCGCCCUUAAGACGUCUGCUGCGAUAGCGUCAGAACUGAGCCUGUCCGAUCUCGUGACCUUUGUCUCUUCGAACUUCAAUCUCGUGUCUGAGCUUCAAACGAUGAUUGGGAGCCUCAACUCGACCCACGACCAGCGCGUUGCGCGGCUAGAGCAGCAGUACGAGGACCUGAGUUUCGUCUACAACCUACGGGUCACCGAGCUCGAACGGGCGAAUGCGGACCUGGUGCACCAGAUCGCAAGCCUCAACGCCACCUGCUGUGCGACCAAUCGAAACGCAACGAAAAUCGGGAAUAUCCAAACAGGAAGAUUAAACUGCACGUCCACGGCCAGCUAUGUGACCUACUCCAGGCCGUUCUCGGAAAAGCCAAAAGUAUUCACGAGCGUGACUCAUGUAAGUCUCUUUUUGCCUGAUGGCACCAGUCAAGUACGAGUGGUCGACGAGGAUAAGGCCGGUUGCACGAUAAUCUGCAACGUUCCUGACUCGUGCAUAGACGUUGUUUGGAUGGCGGUAGAGUGAUUCAACUAAAUAUUACUUCAUCUUGAAAAGCCGACUCGACGUGGUUAGAAAUUCAGUAUAUUAAAGCCAACUCUAGGCCUGUUAGUAAAGUCGUUAUUAUAUAUAUAUAUAUUUAUUUAUUUUUUAUUCAAUAAAACGUACUUGAUGUGAAAGAUUGUUAUUACGACAUUUUAAGAAGUUGCUGCUUGCACCUCAACCCUUGUCAUCCAGUUGCCCACGAGAACUCCCUACAACCACUGCCCUCAACCAAGCUUCAACAAUGUAUAUCUGCAGGGCUUUCUUUUUUAAUACUCCACCUUGUUAUACUUGUUUUCCCACAAUUACCGUGACUGUGAUUAGACCAGCUAUUUUCAUUAUUAUAUUAGCCUCCAGUUUUAACUUUAAUGAACUACAUACUUAACAAUUUCUUUUGUUUUAUUUCUAUAUUUGUUUAUAUGUAUUUCUGUGAUCAAUCGUUUUUUUCUUCAAUCAACACCAAUAACAUACUAUCGAUACCAUUAACGCACUAUCGAUACCAUUAACGCACUAUCGAUAACAAUUAACACACUAUUGAUAACAUCAACACACUAAAGAUACCAUCAACCCGCUAUUGAUACCAUUAACACACUGCCGAUACUUUUAACAGACUAUCGAUAUCAUUAAUCCACUAUCGAUACCAUUAACCCACUAUCGAUACCAUUAACCUACUAUUGAUAUCAUUAGCCAGCUGUCGAUACCUUUAAUACACUAUCGAUACCACUGACCCACUAUUGAUACGUGACAGAAGAUUGUAGUGCUUAAAGAUUUAAUUAUUGCCAUAUUAUUUCUUUAUUCUUAGUAAAGUGAUAACGUUUGCUUUAUCUCUCAAACUAGUGGCCUUAUUAAAACAGCGAUUCUCAAAUCUAUGCUUUCACUGGGUUUGUGUACAUAGUCCAGAUAUUUACAUUUUUCCGUGGAUUGAUUUUAUCACUAUUUUUAAACUUAAUAUUAUGCUAUACAUUCUUACGGCAAAAAAAAAGCUUUACUAUUUGAAUAAGUCAUUUCUUUGUAAAGUACGGUGCCUAAGAUUUUGGAACCACUACAAGAUUAACCCUUAAACUGAAAAUGUAAAUCAAAAUACCUGGUAUUGGGGGCGUAGAUAAUGCUGACUAUAUAUACGAUUAUUUUGAGGCCUAAACAUGUAGUUUUAUUUUGACUUCCACAAACUGUUUCAACAUUUCACAUACGACUCAACAAAGAGGGAACCCACAGCUCAAAGAAUGAGCCCCACGACAUGCCUUCUGGCUGCGGCUGUGUUAACAGCUAUAGUAUUUGAAUCAGGUAAACAAUAAUUAGACGUAUUGUACGUGGGUAAACAUUUAGAGUAUUUAUAUCGGGGAUAACUUUUACAAAGUUGACCAAAUGAAUUUCUUACAUUUUCAAAUAGACGGCGUCUGGUAGCUCAUCAUAAGGUGUGGGCUGUGAAAGUCAAGGUUUACUUUUAAAAAGAGAUGUUAUUUCAACUUCUUUUUUACACAGGUAG